UCCUGUUCCCAUGAGACUGACCUCCCGAUGCACUGAACAUACCCAAUCAAGUUAAUCCAGUGUGGAGGGAGAACACAGGGCGGCAUUAUAACUUCAGCUCCACAAUCCACAUGUUGGUGGAGAGACUGCGUAAACUGAGCAAUGGCACGACUUCUUCUUCUGACAGCUUUGGGUGUGCUGUUCACCCUGCAGAUGGUGAGCUCCACCAAGCUGGUGUGCUACUUGACCAACUGGUCCCAGUACAGACCAGGAGCGGGCAAGUUCACUCCUGCCAACGUGGACCCUUUCCUCUGCACUCAUGUGGUAUACACCCUCGCCACCAUCAGCCCUGACAACCAGCUUGCCACGAUUGAGUGGAAUGACGAAGACAUGUACAAACAGCUGAACAACAUGAAGCUGACGAAUCCCAACAUGAAAACUCUUCUCUCUGUUGGAGGCUUGACCGAUGGAGUCAGUCCGUUUGUUGCCAUGGUGUUCACAGCAGAGAGCCGUAACACAUUCAUCAAGUCUGCCUUGAGUUUCCUGCGAACUCAUAACUUUGAUGGCCUGGACCUGGCCUGGGAUUAUCCUGGACAAAAUGGCAGCCCACUGGACGACAAGCAGAGGUUCACUGCCUUGCUCACGGAGCUGAGACAGGCCAUCAUGGAUGAGGCCAGGGACAACAAGAAAUCCCCCCUCCUAAUCUCAAUCAAAGUUGGAGCUCUUAAACCAACAAUCGAUACCAGUUAUGAGGUUCCUGAAGUGGCAAGCAAAGUGGACUUCAUCAGCAUCAUGAGCUAUGACUAUCACGGCCACUGGGAGAAGAGAACCGGACACAACAGCCCUCUCUUCAGGAGCUCUGUCGACGAGGGAACUCAUGUUCACUACAACAUUGAGUCUACUGUGACCUACUGGCUGGAGAAAGGUGCCGCGGCUGAUAAGCUGCUCUUGGGUUUCCCCACGUAUGGUCGCACCUUCCAGCUCACCUCCUCUUACUCGGGCCUGGGUGCUCCUGCAAACGGCUCAGCUGGCGCCGGCCCCUACACCCGCGAGGCUGGCUUCUGGUCUUACUACGAGGUUUGCUCCUUCACAUCAACUGGCACAGUCGGCUGGAUUACAGAGCAGAAGGUUCCUUAUGCAACCCACGGGAACUCCUGGGUGGGCUAUGACAACAAGGAGAGCUAUGCUGCGAAGGCCCAGUGGCUGAGAGGGAAGGACCUGGGCGGGGCGUCUGUGUGGACACUUGACCUGGACGACUUUGGAGGCGCCUUCUGUGCAGAUGGCGCAUACCCUCUGGUCAACCACCUGCGUAACUCACUGGGUUUCCCACCCAAACCUACCACCACUAAGGCCCCCACUACCACUGCGGACCCCAUCACCACCUUUUGCCGCGGCCGCCCUGAUGGCCUUUACCCAAACUCCGCUGAUGAGACAACUUACUUCCAGUGUUUCCGUGGAAACACCUACCUGCACAGCUGCCAGCCUGGCCUGGUGUUCCUAGAUGCCUGCAAGUGCUGUGACUACCCAUAAGGGAAGAGAGAGAAACAAGGGUCUAGAUAUGUCCUUUUCCUGUCACUUUUUCAGUGAGACAGUGUUUCAGUUCAUAUAAUCAUGUCAGAUUUUGUGUACAUUUGCAAUUACUUUGUAUCAUAUGGGAUGCUGUUGGACCAAGACAAACCCAGAAGCACUCAGCAAACGAAGAGUUACACUCUUGUGCUCUGAAUGUUAAAGACCAAGACAUUCUUGAUACAAAUGUAAACUUGUACAAUAGUGUCAACUCUGUGCCUAAUAAAGUACAGGGUGGUUUUCUAUCCAAGUGAGUUGUGAAACUUUUUGUAAUAAUAAUGAUAACAAUAAAAGUUUUUUUUGUAUGUGA